GGCGGCGCGGUGAUCAAUUAACUGUGCGGUCUCUCGCGGGGCGCCCAAAAGAGAGAAAAAUCAGAGCCCCUCGUGCCGGCCCCCGUGCACUUGUUGCAGACUUGGCGCCAGAUGGAAUUUUGUGACUGGCUGGAUUCUGAAUAGGGCAAGGAGAUGUGUCUGAUAAGAUACAUCAUUUUGAGAUCACAGAAUGAGAACGGCAUGAAAUGUUAUGGCGAAGACAGCACGGCAAGAUACAACAGUCUCACAAGUAAUCAAAAAUGAGAUGCCUGGCACACUGAAUCUAUUACUGUGUGUAAGAUUUGCGCUGUGGUCCAUUUUAUGAAGAUGUGAAGCAACGCUGAGUCUGAUUGGAAUUACUGACAGACUGGAGGAAAUCUUAGUCUUUCUGUUGCACACGCACAUGCUGAAUUAUAAGUAAUCCUAGCUUCUCUUCCCUCCCCUCACUCCCUCACUCAGCUAUCUCAGGGUUCAUAGAGAUUUCAAUGGUUCGCGUGCCUGUAAGAUUGGAACAGAAGUGACCAAAAAUGGGGGACCAGCAAUUGUAUAAAACUAACCAUACUGCCAACAGCAAUGAGAACUUAUACUACCAACACCAAAUGAACUCCCUUCCAUCUCUAAAUCAUAGUUAUGGGACAUCUGUUAUAGAUGCUCCCCAGGCGUCCCCUCUCUCCCCUCACUUUCCCCAAGAUUCAAGAGACAGUAUAGCUUUGCCUGUAGGUUCAAAAAGUCUUGGGUCAAUGGAUACACUUAGACAAACAUGGACGCAUUCUGGCUCAGGAAACCACGUCCCAGUGCGGAACAAUUUGAGUAAUCAAAGCGCAAUGUGGAGCCCCCUUGGGCAGGGAGAAUCUCAUGAUGGAUACCAAUAUUCUUAUUCUCAACCCAGCGAAAAUCGAUCACAAAAAAUUACCAGUGGGGUCCUGCAUAAGUUGGACUCUUUUACACAAGUAUUUGCUAACCAAAAUCUGAGAAUUCAAGUCAACAACAUGGCUCAGGUUUUACACACUGAGACUUCCAUGGCGGAUAAUUCUGGUGACAGCGCGCUCAGGCAGCUACUGUCCCAGAAGCCAGCAGUUGAGCAACAGCCUGUAACUUCCAGCAUACAAAGAUAUCAACCAGUGCCACAGCAGACGCAGAAUUUUGCAAGCACACAGCAAAAGCAACAAAUGCAAGUCAUGCAGCACCAACAGUUGUACUAUGACUACCAGCAGCAUUUGUCACAAAUGCAGAUUCAUUCUGCGUUUCAGCAAGGACAGACGCACGUUCAACAAAUGCAGUCCCAGCAGCUCUUACCGCAACAGAUGCAGCACUUGCAGCAGACUCAGUACUAUGCUCAGCCACAGCAGGGACAUCAGCGACUCUCAAUACAUGAGAUCCAACAGCAGCAGCAACAGCCAACUCGGCAGCAGCAGCAGAGGCAGUGUCCGAUGCAAAUAGCUCAGUAUUACCAAACGCAGCCUGUCAUGCAGCUACAGCAACAACAGCAACAAAUGCAACUGCAGCUUCCUCCGUAUCACAGGGAACCCGAUCCAAAGACUGUGCAUGAACCCCACCAGUACCCCCAGGAUCCAAGUCAUCCUGUGCAGCUCAUCCAGUUGGGAGCAGCGCCUCCGUAUUGCUAUCAGGAUCCGCACGAACAGUACAGGCAUUUGUACCCGCAGGGUUUGCUGCAGCAGCACGACCAGCAGAAGCAAUACACAAGUGAAGGCAGAGCUGCAUCUCUGAACUCCCACGUCGGCCUCACUCCACCGGGGACAGCUGAGGAUCCUGCGCGGUCGGAGGUCAAUUCUGCGGGUAACACUGUACCUCAUCGAACUCUUUUGCCAUCCUCAGGAGCACAUCUGAACAACAGAAGCUCUCAGCAAGACUCUCCGGGCCCUGGGUGGCCUCAGGUGCAAUUGUCAGAUGGCAGACUGCAGCCACUGUCCCCAGAACAAAGUGGCCUGAACAGAGAAACACUUCCCGAGAGAGCGGAUGGGAAGAGCAAGCUAACGUGUUCAGUAUGCUUGAAGGAGUUUAAGAGUUUGCCUGCUCUGAAUGGUCACAUGAGGUCUCAUGGAGGAGUAAGAACAUCUCCUAAUUUCAAACAGGAUGAAGGAGAGAAGCCACCACAGCAGCCGCUGCCUAAAGAGGUGGAUAGCCUCGCGCCCAUCGUCAUGCCAGUGUCUGUCCCUGUAAAGCUUCUGUCACCCGAACCCAGCACGCAGCCCUCUGCCAGCACUGCCACAGUCAAAGACAAGUCUGCCAGCUCUAUGUCAGACGAUGAGAUGCCCGUUCUCGUGAAGAUGACUUUCUCUCCACCGUGCAGUCCAAAAGUGGCCAACCCCUGCUCAUCCUCUGAAAUUAGCAAAAAACCUCAUCAAAAUGCUGCGAAAUUGGAAGAAAACUUCAAACCAUUACCAGACAAGAAGAAGUAUCGGCACAGACCUGAACCUCUCUUCAUACCUCCUCCUUCCUUCAACUUCAGCACAUCCCACUCUGGUGCCACGCUGUACCAGAGCCAGCUUCGCUCUCCCCGUGUCCUUGGCGACCAUCUGCUGGACCGAACACACGAGCUCCCCCCCUACACUCCGCCACCGAUGCUUAGUCCUGUUCGGCACGGGUCUGGUCUCUUCAGUAGUGUUAUCACAUCAUCUCACAGCGCCUCGCACACUCAGCUGCCGCUCACUCCACUCACACCAACUCCACGGGUGCUCCUCUGUCGGUCCAAUAGCAUUGAUGGAAGCGUAGUUCCAGUGACGCCUGGCCCUGGCGAACAGACUGUUGAACCACGAAUUAAUAUUGGGUCCAGGUUCCAGGCUGAUAUUCCUGAGCUGCAGGACAAAUUGCUAAUGGAGAAAGAUGUGCACAAGGCUACUCUGGUUUGGAAACCGUGGCCAGAACUGGAGAACAAAGUCUUCCAACAAAGAGUGGAAGACCUCUUAAAUAUGAGCUGUUCCAGCGUGUUACCUGGUGGAGGAACUAACUCAGAAUAUGCUUUGCACUCUCUCUUUGAGGCAAAAGGAGAUAUUAUGGUUACUGUUGAGAAGCUGCUGUUGAGGAAGCCAGUGAGAUUGAAGUGUCAUCCUUUGGCAAAUUACCACUAUGCUGGCUCCGACAAAUGGACACAUCAAGAAAGGAGGCUGUUCAAAGAGGCAUUGUCCACCUACAGCAAAGAUUUUAUAUUUGUACAGAAAAUGGUUAAGUCUAAGACAGUUGCACAAUGCGUGGAAUACUACUAUACCUGGAAGAAAAUCCUGCGCUGGGGACGGAAACACAGAACACGUUUAGAGAAGAAGAGAGAGGAAUGCAUGACAAGUGGAGAAGAGGAAGUGUUAGAGGAAGAUGAGGAGAUUGAAGAAGACAGAAAGGAAGAAAGGGAAAUGCAGAAGUCUCCUGACCCACCAGCUAUCCCUCUUGUUGGACCUAUAGACCUGCCUACCCUUCAGAGUCUUUCACUUUCUUCAUCCUCUUUCAUCUGUGAAAUGCCAAACUGUGGUGCUGUGUUCAGUUCCCGACAAGCACUAAAUGGCCACGCUCGCAUUCAUGGAGGUACAAAUCAGGUGACAAAGCCACGAUGCACCACUGCAGGCACUAAGCAGAAAUCUGGUACACAGAGCGGGUACUGCUCCAUCAAGAGUUCACCUGCCCACAGCACAACAAGUGGCGAGACCGACCCAACAACAAUUUUUCCUUGUAAGGAAUGUGGCAAAGUAUUUUUCAGAAUCAAAAGCCGCAAUGCUCAUAUGAAGACACACAGACAAAAAGAAGAACAGCAAAGGCAGAAGGCUCAGAAAGCUGCAGUGGCAGCAGAAAUGGCAGCCACUAUUGUGAGAACUACUGGGCCAGCUGGGCAUAGUUUGAUCCCUCUGGAUCACAUGAGUUUGGUUAAACAUGUUGGAAAUGUCGGUGACAUUGAUGACGAUGUUGUUCAGGAGUUAGGUGGCGUCAUGGAAGAGAAUGAAGUCAUGGAUGCUGACCUUUUGUUGGAUGAUGAAGAUGCAGAUCUACUGCAGGAUGAUGCUGAGUUGUAAAUAAAGUUGUUUGAUAAAGACAGCUACUGAGCACACCCUGAAUGCAUCAGUCAGGGAACCUGGACUGUUCGUUUAUUCCCCACUGAUUGUAAACUACCUGAUGAAAAAUGAUAAUUCUUUUAUCCAGGUCCAGAAAAGAAAUAUGCUUUUUUCCCUUUUUUUAUUAAUUUGUGUUUCUGGGGGGAGGAAAUAAAUACUUGGUACAAA